UUUGAAUCAUCAUCGCUCGCAUCGCAUCUAAUAAUCCAUACCAACAGCAACAAAUCCUCUCGAGCUCGUAACCAACAAUUCCUUCACCGGAUCGCGCACAUCCACCACCAGCUGAAAUCAUCACUGCACUCGAUCGCCAUUCUCGGCCGCGCAAUGCCGCUGUGCUGCGUAGAGUGCAAGCCAUGCAAGGGGCACUGCCUGCCGGGGCUCUUCAAGAGCCGGCGCCCCGCGCAGCAGCUCCGCCGCGCGUUCGGCAAGAUGAAGGUGGGCGGCACCCGGAGGCGCCGCCGCGCCGGCAGCUUCAGCUCCGUCCGCGCGGUCUUCUGGCCGCUCAUGUCCAUGCGCUCCGAGGCCGACGCCGCCGCCGAGUCCCACCCGCCGGCAAGCGCCUCCGCAACCGACGCCAGCGUUGUCAGCGUGGGGGCGCGCGCGCCGUCGCCGUCCCUUGACAACGGCACGCCGGGCGCCACGGCGUCGACGACCGCCGCGAGGGUGCUCGCGCUGCAGGCCCGGCUGGACGCGGCGCCGAGGCAGCUGGCCCUGACGCCGGCGGUGAGCAGCAUCGGCGUGGCGGCGCGUGAGGAGGCCAGGGCCAUCGUCCGCCACGGCGAGGAGGCCAGCGACGUGGAGGCGGCGUGCCGGAGCUUCGAGAGGCACCUGGUGGAGAUGCUGGUGGAGGAGCGAAAGGUGAUGGACCUGACGGACGUGGAGGAGCUUCUGUGCUGCUGGGAGAAGCUGCGGUGCCCGGCGUUCGUGCAGCUGGUGGCCCGCUUCUACGGCGAGCUCUGCAUGGACCUCUUCGCGCCCCGCGACGCCGACGUGUCAUCUGAGUCAGCGGAGGCUUUGACCGUUUUCGCAACCGAAUAAGAAGGCCCAUGACAGGUGGGCCCGGCAUGUUUGGACGCGCGCGGUGCUUUGCCGUUGGUUGCUGCUUGGCGACAUGGCUCUACUAGAUAGCAGGCGUGCAGAUCGAUGCAGCAUACAUUCAGAAUUCCCCCCCGUCUGUUGGUGCGAGCUAAAAUGUGUGUUAUGUUUCGUCUAGUAUGCAAAAAAUCUGAUUGUUUUUCCCCUGCUUGUGAA